AUGUACAAUAUCACGCUUGCUGAUGACAUCGUGCAGCCUAACGUCAUGAUGAAGGCUCUACUUGGAGACAGUGUGACUCUUACAUGCUUCUGUACAAAGGAUGAAAUAACCUACAUCGCUUGGUUCGAACAGCCGUUCGGCCAGAAACCUCAAAUCGUGGCAAAAGCUCUUUUCUAUUCACAAGAUGUUGAAUUUCAGGCUGAAUUUGAAAACAGGUUGUCCUUACAGUGGAUAGAAGCAACUAAAAGUUUUAACAUGACUAUUUUAAAAACAGAGCUGUCUGAUUCAGCAGUGUAUUACUGUGUUACAGUCUUAUAUAAUGAGGUCACUUUUGGAGACGGAACCAUCCUCAUACUGACAGGUAACAGUAGGACUGUGGUGCAGCAGGUGGUGUCAGACCCAGUGCGUCCAGGAGACUCGGUGACUCUGCAGUGUACAGUAGACAGUGAGACCUGUGCAGGAGAACACAGUGUUUACUGGUUCAGACACGGCUCGGGAGAAUCCCUUCCGGGACUCAUUUACACCCAUGGAAACAGGAGUGAUGAGUGUGAGAGGAGCCCUGAGGCUGGGUCUCAUACACACAGCUGUAUCUACAGCCUCCCCAAGAGGAACCUUAGUCCCUCCGAUGCUGGGAUUUACUACUGUGCUGUGGCCACGUGUGGGGACAUACUGUUUGGAAAUGGGACAGUGGUGAAGUUUCCAGAUGAGCAAAGCCAGGAUGGUAUGUUCAAGGAGGAAAGGUCCGGCAGACAGUGCCAGGAUGAGGACAUGCUGAAUUAUGCUGCCCUGAAUGUCAAGAACCCAAAACCAAAGAGAAAGAAGAGGGAGACAAAGCAGGACACCAUUUAUUCUGACCUAAGGGUCCCAGACUGGGAGUGA